ACGGGACAAAAUUUACUCUUCGUCUGUUGUUUCUAAUUUGCAUUAAAUGUUAAUCUCGUCACUUUAAUGGCAGUGUCCAGCUGCAAAUGUUUUGUAUAUACAUUUGUUAUAUUUUAUACUUAAUUUAAUUUAAAUAAUUUAUAAAAUGAGCGGCGACGGUAAUGAUGAAUCAUGGUUAUCAAGUUGGGAGCAACAGUGCUCCGAAUCCAUCGAAGAACAACCCGAUUACGAACCACUACUCAUUACAGACACAAAUAAUUCUCACGGAAAGAUAUGGUCUGCGUUUCAAGAUUCAGCAACGUCGGUAGCACAGUUGUAUCGAGAUCGUUUCACGAGUGAUCCUGCGGCUCUUUGGCUCCCAUUUCAAGUAGCAGCUGGCACUGUCACGACACUUUACAAAGAGGCUAGUGAAAGUUUACGAAGGACAACAGAGUUAGCGAUACAAUGCGGAUAUCAGAAACGUAAUAGGGAAUUAUUAAGUUGGGUGAAAAAGAGACGGCGGAAUAUACGAAGGGAAGACUUACUUGCUUACAUCUCAGGAAAACCUUUGCCUCUCAGGUCUACGACCCAUUACACUCAUAGGGGUUCGCCGAGACAUCGGAAUAUAUCACCGCCGCCCGGCGUCGCCCCGCCGGCGUCGUUCGGCAGCGACGCCGACCUACACACGUUUAGGGAGGCCCUAGCACGAUCGCCGAUAUCACGCCUACCUCUUAGUACCGAUCUAUGUGCUUUCAUAACGGGUGAAAUAGAUAGGAACGGUAAACGAGCGCCCAGCCCUUCCGACGUUCCAAUGAGCAGCCCUUCCCACCACAAAAGACCUAGGUAUAUGUGAGAUAAGACGUUUGUUUCAAUUUCGCCAUCGGUGGUGUUUGUAUUUCAACUGUGAAUAUAGUUAUAGCUAUUGUAUAAUCAUCAUCAAGCA